AUGGUGAAUGUGAAGACCACGUACAUCCUGUCCACGGCGGCCGUGGCCGGUUUCCUCGCGAGGGAGGAUGGCAAGCGCCCGGCGUGGUUCAACAGGGCGCGCCUGAUGCCUGUCAGUGCGCUGACGCCAGAUCUCCAGGAACACUUGGCCAACGCCUGCCACGUGAUCUGCAUGAAGGUGCGGCAGGAGGUCACGAACGAGCACGCCCUGCGGGGCGCACCCUCGGGCAGGCCGUCCACGCAAUGGCAAGCCGGCCUUCUUUGUGCUCGUGUCCUCUGGCGGGCCUUGUUUGCCGCAGCUGCCGCCAAGGCUCCAGCCUCUAAGAGGGCAGUUCCUGGGGUCUUCAUGGCGGCGUGCGAAGGGCUGAAGCAGGGCUCUCAGAAGCUCCUGACCAAGAUCUGGCGCGAGGUUCAGGUGCAGUUCACCUCCAAGGAGAACAAGUACCGGAACAUGAAGAGCCGACCGGCGUGGUCUGUAAUCGAGGGCCACCAGUACGAGGUCUUUGGCAAAGAUCGCGGCUAUGGCAUAUGCGAUCCAUCACUAGUGGCUCCCUCCUCUGCUGGCACCAAGCCGGCGUCGAACCUUCAAGACUACCUCGAAGAGGUCUUAGCUUUGAGGUUCGCCGUGGAUUGGAUGAGCCUGUCCAUGGAGGACGCCCAGGAGUUUCUGGAUCAGGCCACCAAGCGUGCCUACAAGAGACCUGUGCUGAAGCCCAAAGCUGCACCGGACCCCGUGUCGCAGCAGCUGGCGGCCCUGAAGGAGAAGACGGUCGACUCCUUCUCCUUGAUGUGGACUGACGAUGCAGAGCUUCGUGGCGUUGCUUCGCUGGCCAUUCGGCUCAUGGAUGGUUUGGAAGGGCCCAGUGCCUUGACCUUCGCAGCGACCUUCGUCGGGCAGAUGCUGCUCGCCAUGUGGAAGGGUGUCGCGCCUAUGCUGGCUCACCAUGCAGCCACAGGCAUCGCGCGCAUCGCCGAGUCGCAUGCGGCAUUGGGUCGCCUUCCUGCUCCGCAGCUGCCGGAGCCAGACUCCACCACGUCGCGGACGGCCGUCUUCGACCGAGUGGCAUCGUCGUAUGACCGAGCCUCGAAAGACUGCGAGGAGUUGGUGAACGCUCUGCCCCGUGGAGUGUUGGGAUCAAUCAUCAAGGCGCAGGCGACCUUCCGUGGCUACGUCUUCCGGGCGCGGUACUUCGCCAAAGCCCGGGCCGUCGCCGCUUACUGCAAGGCUGUCGCCUGGCCGGAGCUGCACCCACAGCUGGAGGGCGAGACCAUGGACCUUGCUUCAGACAAAGACAAGAAGAAAAAGAAGUCGAAGAUGGACAAGACCGGCAUGGCAAGCAACAAAGCAGAUACGUCGAACCUCAACCAGACGAUCAGCGACUUCCAGCCGACGGUCUCUAAGUACUUGGGCGGCGAGGGAAACUCUGCAGCGAAGCAUGCUCCGGCUUCGCCUACAGCCUCGCCCAUGCGCAACACAAUGAACUCCACAAUGGGCUCCACCAAGGGCUCGAUGAUGGGAACGCAGGAAGUCCGCAACCGGGCCUGGCCAUUGCCUACGGCGGACCACAGAGCUUGCGCGGACCUCUUUGCGCUCUACAUGUACAACCUGUAUCGGCGGAAGGAGCUGACCAACAUGUGGUCCACACUUUGCAAGGCCUACGAGCGAGGUAUGGAUUCCUACGCAGAGCUCCUGCAUCGAAACCCUGCCCUGAAGCCGAUGCUGGAGUCCAUUGCUGCGCAGCUCAAGCGAGGUUCGGUCGUGGGUUACGACAAGGCGUUUAUCGCCAAGCACAAGAAGGAACCCGCAGGAGAGCAGGCGACCGGCGGGCGCGUCAAGCCCGUGGAUGCCGACAUCUUCAAGAGCAAAGCGGGCAGCACGCGACAAGGGAUGGGCCAAACGGCACAGAGCACUGCGGAAGAUGCCGCACCAGGAAAGCCGGCACCAACACCAUCACCAGGAGCUACGGCAACAAUGGCCAUUUCCAUGAAGUCGAUGAAUCUGACGGUCGGAGAGAAGACAGAGGCCACCACUUGUGAAGAACUUUCCAGGUAUCCGGGAAGCAGAGAUUCAUGUUUCCCGUCUUCGCAGAUUCUCGGCCCGAAGAUCCCCCGCCAUGCGUCGGCCAUCAUGCGCCGGCUCGCCUGCGUGAGUUUCGGGCUGCUUUGGCUCACAGCGAGCUCGGAGCAUUCACCAAAGCUGCGCGGACGCGCGAAGUCAGGCGCUUCGACCACCUGGGCUGUAGAAGGGGACUGCGUCGCUGAGGGUGCAUGCGUCAGCAGCCCGGGAUAUCCAGGAUCGUACACAAACGAUGACGGCUGCACCGUCACGCUGCUGCAGCGGCCCUCGGUAGUGAGGAUCGUCGCAUUCUCCACAGAAGCCCGAUAUGACAGGCUGGUGAUCGAGGGUCGUACAUUCAGUGGCUCUGGCGAGGGAGUUGUCGGUACGUCUUUCCCGAUUUGGUCCGAAAUUUCCUGGACGUCGGAUGACUCUGUUGCUUCCACUGGUUGGGAGCUUUGCGUCGAAGAGCCGCCUUCUUGUGAGGAUGGACUGCCGCUGAGACCGGUGUCAGUUUCAGAAUGCCCCGCCGUUAGUGAGCCUCUUGUGAGCUGUGAUGCCGCGCAGCCAGGUGAUCUCUGUGAAGGCGACGGCUCGUGCGGCACACGAACGGACAUCAACAACUGUUACGAUGCCCAGUACUCCUAUCCAGCUUCCCGAGAUGUGUAUCAGAAAGCAACUGGUACUAGCAGGACUGCUACCACAACAUUGAGCUCCGUGACCUCAUUGACAUCAACCACACUGACUGCAACACUCGGUGCAGCGAGUGGCCAGCCAUCUUGGUCUGUGUCGGGCGACUGUCAACUGGUAGGUGCUUGCGUGCGAAGCAGCAACUAUCCGGGAGAGUAUGGGGGAGACGAGCACUGCACAAUGGCUGCCCCACUUCCGUCUGUGGUGACCUUUGCUGCCUUUUCCACAGAGAUCGGCUACGACAAGCUCACCUUGAAUGGAGAGGCCUACAGUGGUCAGACUCUCGAGGGCAAGAGCGUGGUGGCUUGGACAAACAUCUCUUGGAUCAGUGACGAGUCCGUGUCGGGCAGCGGUUGGGAGCUGUGCUUGGAUCCUUUGCCUUCCUGCGCCGACGGGCUGCUGUUGGCUCCGGUCGCUGUGAAAGACUGCCCGGAUCCUUCAACGCCUCUUCCGCUCUGUGAUUCCGCCGAGCCAGGUGGGCUCUGUGAGGGUGCUACAGGUAGCUGUGGAACCAGGGAGGACAUCAACAACUGCUAUGAUCGCUUUUACUCCCAUCCUCCCUCCCGCGAUGUCUACCGCAAGACUGUGGGGACGACCAGGACACUGACGACAACUACAACCACCGUCAAGAGCCAGACGACCUACACAGGCACACGCCCCUUAGCAGUCGGCUCCUACUCAGGGCCGGUUCCCUGGGUUGUGGAUGGUGACUGUGGCACUUUCGGUGCAUGUGCCGAAAGCCCCAACUUCCCGCAGCCCUACGGGAACAGGCAGAGCUGCACAUUGUCUCUCCCACAACCUUCAGUUGUGACGGUGACCUUCUUCUCCACGGAGGACGGCUUUGAUGAAAUGUACGUAAACGGAUACGCCUACUCCGGCCAAUCCAUAGCCGGCACGAAGAUGGUGGUCUGGACCAACAUUACUUGGGCAUCUGAUGACAGUGUAACUGGCGACGGGAGGCAGCGCCUGGUGGUCUCUGUGAAGCAGAAGGAAGCUGAGCGGCACCACUUCGACAACAUCGACAGCCACGACCUCCUCCGAGACAACGCAGACAUCGACGAUGCCUGUUCUCUUUGGCUACCACGGCCGUCGGUGGUGCGCGUGACGGCUUUCAGCACCGAGGAUGAGGAUCUGCUGACCAUCAACGGCGAGGCGAUUCCGGGAGAGGGCCUGGAAGGCAAAGUCUUCACUGUGUGGUCCAAUAUUUCAUGGAGCUCCAGUGGCACGGGCAAGGGCUGGCAAAUCUGUUUUGAAGAGCCACCAUCCUGUGCCGACGGCCUGCCCCUCAGCCCUGUGCCUGUGUCGGACUGCUGUGGCUCUGCGAAUGGGGGUGAGCUUUGUCUCGGAGACGGAGACUGCGGCACGAGGGACGACAUCAACAAUUGCUACGAUGCGGCCUUCACAUAUCCUCCGUCCUUGGAUGUUUACCGCAAGGGCAGCGGCACAACCAAGACCAGCACCACUGUGAGCUCUGCAACGCAGACGACCAGUGUGAGCCUCACAAGCACUCAUUGGUACGAGGAGGGUCCCUGGCGACUCGUCGGUUCCUGCACUGUCACCGCGGAUUGUGCCAAGACUUCUGGCGAUGGGAUGUGCACCUUCACACUCCCGAAGGGCACGCCUGUAAAGGUGACGCAUGCGGGCUCGGCGAAUUCUGAGAUCUUCAGCAUCAACGGAGUCGAGCUGACACCCAGUUCACUAGGUGAGACCUUCGUGGUUGACACGGAGAUAUCCUGGAAGUCGGAUCACCGGACAGACAGCUGGUGGGAAGUCUGCAUAGAGACAUCUUCUUGCAGCGAUGGUUUGGGAGUUUCGCCCAUAGAUUCGGCAAAGUGCCCGGCAAGCACGGCCGAUCUCCUUAGUUGUGGGUCGGCGCAGCCUGGAGACCUUUGCUUAGGUGACGGUGAGUGCCUGACUUAUUCUGGCCUGAACAACUGUCCCCCAAAUGCAAUCUACAUGAAGGAGCUGGGUACGACUCUAACCGUCAGCAGCACGACCUCCGUGACUGCAACCUUCACCCCUUCGGCUUGGCGAGUCACCGGCCCCUGCACGUUGAGUGGCACCUGUGUGGAGAGCCCCAACUAUCCAGAGCCGUAUGGACCCAACGAGCGGUGUGAGUUCUCGCUUCCUCCGAACUCAGUGGUUACGAUCGUGGACUUUGCCACGGAGCUCAACUACGAUCGGCUGACCAUCAAUGGUCGGGACUACAGCGGCCCGGGCCAUGCGAUCGUGGGCAAGCCCUUUGUCGUGGAGUCCCUGUCUUGGAGGACGGACGAGUCCCGUUCCGAGAGGGGCUGGAAGCUUUGCCUCGAGGAAUCGCUUUCUUGGCGCUUCUCCGAGGCCGCCGCCGGGGAGGAGGAGGCUCCAAAUACUGGUGCUCUGAGAUUGAUCUGA